CGGGCGUCUGACGUAAGGGUGUAGUACGUUCGUUUGCUUCCAGGUUGUGUGUCAUUCCGUUGGGUCGUUGCCAUGGCUGAGGGUGAGGGCCUGUUGCUGGAUGAUUUUCUGAGCCAACUUUACCAGUGCGGAGAAGCUGCAGUGAGUGAAAUAAAGAACAAAAGAGGAAAAGCAACAUUGAAAGGAAGAAAACGCAUGCACAAUACGACUGAACAGCAAACGCAUUGUUCAGAGGAUCAGUCUGUGCCCUGCAGCUCUACGGUACCCAGAACAAGUGACUCGCUUGUAAAGAAAGCAGCAGACUCACUAAGCAGGACUCCAAAGUGUCUUGUCAAGUUGCAUGCAGAGCUUCUCAAUUCUGUAGGCACCUAUGAGGUGCAGGCAAAAGCAAGUGGAGAAAAGGUCCUCAACAAUGGCGUUGGCACCACUGGUGCAAAGAGGCCAGUAGAAGUCGUAACCUUUACUGGUCUUCGUAAGAGGAAGAAGGUUCCGCUGGUAACAGACAAAGACAAAAUUGAGGAAGCUGAUGAGCAGAGCAACUCAAAACAAGAAUUUAAUUUGGCGAGGGCCCGUCUGGAAGUGCACAGAUUUGGCAUCAUGGGUUACAGAAAAGAACAGCAAAGAGUGCUUGAACAAGAACGAGCUAUUAUGCUAGGUGCUCGACCCCCAAAACGUGAAUAUAUAAAUUACAAAAGAUACCAGGAAAUGAUGAAAGAUAAAGCCACAGCAAAAAAUACGAAUGCAAAACCUGUACUUUCAAGGAAAAAGAAAGAAGAAAGGAGGAACAAGAAGUCUGAAAUAAUCCCAACUGGGCAGGUGGGAAGAUUUAAAAAUGGAGCACUGAUCCUCAGUGACAGUGACAUCAAGAGAAUCAAAGACAAAGCCAAGUCGAAACAUGUUUAAGCUCUGUACAAUUUAUGAAAGUUUUUUUAGUCCUAAUGUAAAAGUUUAUAAUAAUGCAAUAUUAAGAUGUGUUCAAUUGUCUUUAUUCUUCCAUGGGUUAGGGGCGACAUUAGAAAAGCCAGCAUUUGUUGCCGUCCCUAAUUAUCAUUUAACUGAGUGGCUUGCUUAGCCAUUUCAUAGGGCAGUUAAGACUCAGCCACAUUGCCGUGGUUCUGGACUCGCCAGUAGACUAGCCCAGGUAGGAACAGCAGAUUUUCGUCCUUAAAGGACGUUAGUAAACUAGAUGAGUUUCUCAACAAUUGAUAAUAGUUGUAUGAUCAUCAUUACUGAGACUUGUUUUAUAUUUUAGAUUUAUUAAUUGAACUUAAAUUAUACCUGCUGACAUGAUGGGAUUUGAACCUCCUGCCCCUGAUCAUUAACCUGAAGCUUUGAUUUACUUUCAGCACUGUUAGCUCUGUCAUCAUCUUUCCCUAAGUCUGUAUAUAUUUUUUGCCUUGUCUGAUUGCAGGUAUACCUCUUCAAUGAAUUUGUGAUUAAAUACCAAAGUUGCUACAUUUUUGAUUUUAACUUUUGUUUCACCUCUGGUAAAUAUGAUCAAGCCCCUUUCAGCUCAGACAGGUUUUGAAUGAGCUUUGCUUUUGGAAACAGCAUAAAAAUUGAAAAGAAUUAUAGUAUAAGGAAAUCUUAUUCACAAUAUAAGUUAAUCACAUCAUCCAACUGGAGUCCGAUUACCACAAUCCUUAAGCCUAAAACGUUGCCUAUUCUUUAGGGGAUGUAGUUUCUUCAGGUGGUUGCUUGAGGAAUUGGAGUCUUGAUUUAAACACUUCCUGCAAUCUGUUGGAUACUGCAGUGCAGGAAAGAAUCUCAAAUGAAUUUUGUAAUGUAAAUUGUAACAACCAGAUUUAUUCAAAUAACAUUUACAUUGACUACACAACACCAUUUCUGGCACAUCACAAUUUAUGAACAUGCAACUUAUAAAUACACAGGACAGACAUUCAGUACUUAUGCAAUACCAAGUUUGAGAGCAGUGAGCAGACAAUAAUAAUACCAAGUAUAAAACACAAAAUACCAAAAUUAUCCAGCACACACAAAAAAGUUUGAGUUCUGAGGAAAUAGCCACUAGUCACACAGAAUCCAAUCAGCGGACCAGCCGCAGAAGUUCCUGAUGACUGGAUUUACAUUUAAGGGGAUUUCAAUGUAGUAGUCAGAACCAUUAGUCGGGACAGCUCCUCGGUUUUGAGCUUCAGUAUGACCUGGAUAAUUCCCAAGUUGAUGAGGACAAAAUAUAAAACUUAAUACAGUAAAGUAAUUAAAAAAUAAAAACAAAUAUUGUGCCCAGUUUUAGGAAUUUCCAUUUGUGCCAGGGCAGAGUAUUUCAUGAAUUUACCAGUGUGCUCAGGUGUUAUUUGCACAAGAGGCUUUUGCACCAAUGACUGCAAAUUAAUUCUGUAACUACACACCCUGGUUUCCAAGACGGAGGUGAAAAUUAACUUGCACAAAACUAAUUGUUUUCAUGAGUAUUUUGUUUAAAAUACACCCCAAUUCAGAAAUGGUUAAAAGUAAGUUGAAUGUGAGUGUGCUUAACUUACUGACCAUUUUAAUAAAUGAAAUAUGGAAAUAGUACAUCCAUAUAGUUGAUUGUGAGAAGCAUUUGUAUGUACUGGUCGAUGACUCUUUCACAGCCACUGUGCUUAUCAACUCCCAGUUUGAGAGAAAAGUAUAAACUUUUGUCAAAAUGGGCCGAAUUAAAUCAUCUAAUAAAUGUAAUUCUGAAAAGUAAA